CGGGGUCAGGCCGGGCAGCGCGUUCUCACUACGGCCCCGCCCUCCUGACCUCCCUCACCCCAGGCGGGGUCUCUGCCGGCUGGGCGCACUCCGUGGCUGCGUGGAGCCCCCAGGUCCUCGCCACCCUCCCGCUAACUUCUUCCCCAACACAUGGUUCCACUCAGGACCCCUGCCCCUGGGGGUGCCGGCUACGGGGAGGUGGGUGAGGGGCGGAAGUGGCAAGACCCAGAGCAACAGGAAAUGACUUAGGGAAAGUCCCAACCGCAGCCCCCCAGUCCCUGCUGUAAACACGCUCCCACCCCUGCAGGCUGGGGAAGGGCUGUGGCGCCCGACCGACCGACUUCCCCUUGCAGAGCCCAGCAGCGUCUUCACCCCGGGCCUCCAUCAUCUCCAAGGAACCAUGUUCCAGGCUACAGGAGCCGCCCAGGCCACCCCCUCUCAUGUAGGUGACCAACUCCAGCAGGAAGCCAAAGGCAGCGGUGGCAGCAACACUGUGCAGCGCUCCAAGUCCUUCAGCCUGAGGGCCCAAGUGAAGGAGACCUGCGCCGCCUGCCAGAAGACUGUGUACCCCAUGGAGCGGCUGGUGGCAGACAAGCUCAUAUUCCACAACUCUUGCUUCUGCUGCAAGCACUGUCACACCAAGCUCAGCCUGGGCAGCUACGCGGCGUUGCACGGGGAAUUUUACUGCAAACCCCACUUUCAGCAGCUGUUUAAGAGCAAAGGAAACUACGAUGAGGGGUUUGGCCGGAAGCAGCACAAGGAGCUCUGGGCCCAUAAGGAGGUGGACCCCGGCACCAAGACAGCCUGAGGCCCCCUGCCUAUCUGCUCCCUUGUUGCAGGGACCGGAACUGGGCGGUGGGAAGGGGGGGAGAGAAGUUGGAUCUGGGCUUGGGACCGGGCCCUGAUGGGGAGGGGAGGAGGCCAUCUUGCUCAGGCAGCUGGGUACAGGGGCAGGGCUCUGCCCCCAGAUUCCUUCCUUCUCUCUCAGUGGGUGGGGGCAUGGGAACCAGGCUUGGGGUUUUGCGCACCACCCUGUUUCCGGUUCUUUCAGCCCACCCCACCUCACUCCAGGGCUCCCUGGGAGCCCCCCCACCCCCAACCAGCUUCCCUAUCUAGGUGCCUUUUCUCCAGCAAGGAGUCAGCAUGCCCCCCUCAGGGUCCCCAGCUCCCUCACUGCCACCCAGGGCCAUGUGUGCCCCCUUGUCUCCCCAUCUACCUCUGCCCUUAGCCUGGUCCUGAGCCAUGGAGACUGGGAGGAAUGAAGUGAGAGUGCCACCUGCUGGGCCUCAUGGAUGCCGCCAGGGCCACUGGGGGCGGGCAUGGGGAAGUGCAGCAGUGGGGCCGGACCAGCUUGCACCACGGAGUCCAGAAGCGGAAGCUAAAGCACCCGCCAGGCUGAGAGCCUCAGAGACUGGCAGGGGGGCUGGCUUCAGCCACGCUCCCUUCCCCCCUCCCUUGUUUCUGCCCUGACUGUUGUGAUCAGCCCUGUUUUAAACGUGUUUAAACAGAU